AUGAUCGCAACCGUACUGCGCUACAUACUAGCGCUUUACCUUUGCACCAAUUUUGCUGAUGGAGCAUACUUUUCUCAGUUCUCCAUGAGAGCUCCGGAUCAUGAUCCAUGUCAUGAUCAUACUGGUAGACCAGUCCGAUGUGUUCCUGAAUUCAUCAACGCCGCCUUUGGUAAACCAGUGAUUGCUAGUGACACCUGUGGAAGCAACGGACCAUCCAAAUAUUGCAUUGUAAAAGAAGGCCCUGAUGGAAUUAUCCGUGAACAAUGUGACACUUGUGAUGCUAGAAAUCCUUUCUUGUCUCAUCCCGCUUCCCUUCUCACCGAUCUCAAUUCUAUUGGUAACAUGACAUGUUGGGUUUCCACUCCAAGUUUGAGCCCACAAAAUGUGUCACUCACCUUGUCACUCGGCAAAAAGUUCGAGCUCACUUACGUCUCAAUGCACUUCUGUUCCCGUCUCCCUGACUCCAUGGCACUUUACAAGUCGGCUGACUUUGGAAAAACAUGGACUCCCUUCCAGUUCUACUCAUCGGAGUGUCGUCGCAUUUUCGGAAGAGAACCAGAUAUCUCAAUCACAAAGUCCAAUGAACAGGAGGCUGUGUGUACCGCUUCUCAUAUCAUGGGACCAGGUGGAAACCGUGUUGCAUUCCCAUUCCUUGAGAAUAGACCAUCUGCUCAAAACUUUGAGAACUCGCCGGUACUUCAGGAUUGGGUCACUGCCACUGACAUCAAAGUGGUGUUUUCUAGAUUGAGUCCGGAUCAGGCUGAGCUAUACGGAUUAUCCAACGAUGUCAAUUCUUAUGGAAACGAUACUGACGACGAAGUCAAACAACGUUACUUCUACUCAAUGGGAGAACUGGCAGUUGGUGGUCGCUGCAAAUGUAAUGGUCACGCCAGUCGAUGCAUCUUCGACAAAAUGGGCCGGUACACCUGUGACUGCAAACAUAAUACAGCCGGAACUGAAUGUGAAAUGUGCAAACCAUUCCAUUACGAUCGUCCAUGGGGAAGAGCAACCGCUAACUCUGCCAACUCCUGUGUUGCUUGCAACUGCAACCAACACGCAAAGAGAUGCCGAUUCGACGCUGAGCUCUUCAGAUUGAGUGGAAACCGAUCAGGAGGUGUCUGCUUGAACUGUCGUCAUAACACUGCAGGAAGAAACUGCCAUCUUUGUAAACCAGGAUACGUACGGGACACUUCUCUCCCAAUGACUCAUCGCAAGGCCUGUAAAUCAUGCGGCUGCCAUCCUGUUGGAUCUCUCGGCAAGAGUUGCAACCAAUCGUCCGGACAAUGUGUCUGCAAACCUGGAGUCACUGGAACCACCUGUAACCGUUGUGCUAAAGGAUACCAACAAAGCCGUUCUACCGUCACACCAUGUAUCAAAAUUCCGACGAAAGCAGAUUUCAUUGGAUCAUCGAAUUCGGAGGAGCAAGACCAGUGUUCGAAAUGCCGAAUUGUUCCAAAGAGACUCAACCAGAAGAAAUUCUGCAAACGGGAUCAUGCUGUUCAAAUGGUUGUGGUCAGUCGCGAGAUGGUUGAUGGAUGGGCCAAGUACAAGAUUGUGGUUGAGUCUGUAUUCAAACGAGGAACUGAAAAUCUUCAACGCGGAGAAACAUCUCUCUGGAUCUCUCCACAAGGUGUCAUUUGCAAGUGUCCGAAGCUCCGCGUCGGACGUCGUUAUCUUCUCCUUGGAAAGAAUGAUUCGGAUCACGAACGUGAUGGGCUGAUGGUCAAUCCUCAGACAGUUUUGGUCGAAUGGGAAGACGAUAUUAUGGAUAAGGUCCUCCGCUUCUCCAAGAAGGACAAACUUGGACAGUGCCCAGAGAUUACUUCACACCGAUACUAA